AUGCAGGCUCUAAAUGUGGGCGUUGGAGAAAAUGAGCCUGUAUUUACGGUCCUCUUUGAAAAUGAAAAGGCAAACAGUGCAGCUCUCCAACAGUAUGCUGACAAAAUAGUGUCAUCAGGUGUGCAGUCCCGUCGCGGCCUCGUGCAUAAAAGUUCUCGCGGGCGCAGUGGCGCGGCCUUCUUGGCAUCUGCUGCAGCGCUUGUUGUGCUAAUCUUCUUGUGUACGCGAGGGCAGAAGAGAUGGGAUCAACUGGCUGCUUAUGGUCGGCAGUUGUCGGAGGAUGACGACUCCAGGCCGGUUGCCAAACGCUCAUGGUGCAGCGAUUCGGGAGGAGAGGCAGAUAUUUCGUCUGAUGACGAUACGACGGAGAUGCCUCCAAUGCUUGAGCCACUUGCCAAACGUGCACGUGCUGAGGCGGAGUCUGAUGGUAGUAGGGAGCUGUCUAAUGUUGACGCAGGUGUGCAACAAGCGGCACGGCCCUCAUCGAAGGGGGCCAUUGGAUCAACUGGCGCAACUGCACGUCGUCGCCUACGGCGUCGCGUACGGCGUCGCCCCAGUGCUUCUAAGAGUAAAGAUGGACAGUGGAGUGCGUACGAACUUCAAGCGGCUGCUGGACUGCUGAAACUGUGGCCGGCAUCAUCCUCUAUAGCUGAAUCCCCUGGAGCACCUCAACUGUGUUGUCCAGAGAGUCGUACAAGCUUACCUGUGCGGCUGAGUACGCGUGAACUUCAAGCAGUUUCUGCGUUGCACCAAUUGGGGGAAUUAACUGGCUCUGAGGGCGCCACUGGUGAGAAGCAUGAUGAGCAGGUGGAGCUGGAGGAUGAGCCUCAGCCUUCAACGAGUGCGGCAGCACAAGGAGUUGAAGUUGACGAACAGCAGCGGUUGCUAGACUCGGUCGUACAGGACCUACUGUCUACUGUUACUCCGUCUUCUGCUGGCGGCUCUACCUCAGCGGGGCAAGAAGACCCGACUACACAUCCAUUUUGUCGUUUGCCGUCUGUUGACCGUAGUGAAAUCGUGCGACGUUUUGACCCAGAUCGUGUCUUUCUUCCCCCUCAGGUGACGGACAAACCGUUCCGACAAUUUUUAAUAGCUCAUGAUCUUCUCGUCAAGCCGAGACUUUCUCCCAAGGAAUUAUUGUAUCUAACUCGCGCUGCGGAGAAUCUAGCAGCUUACGCUGUGUCGUUUCAAAAUUUUAGUAUUCGGGAUCUUCAUGCGAAUGUCGCUGCCAGGCAUCUCGGCCUCCGUUUCCUCGUGUUUGACAUCCUAGUGUCCACAUUAGAGCUGCUCGAUCAAAAGCCGGAAGGCGCUUGGUGGAAGAGACUUACUGCUGCAGUCCCUCACGACUACCCUCCGUCUCCCAUUCUUCAUAGCUUGACAGCAACACGCCUAUUCAACUUAGUCCUCUGCCACAUGCUUACCACUUCCUUGGAAACUUUGAAGUCUGGGAGUCGUCCGGCAUGUAGUAGAAUUUUGGGACUCAAGCGGUUCCUCUUUUGCUUUAAACAAUCUCCUCCGCGUUUCAGAACGGCUUCUUUUGAUGCCUGGAGAAAUGACGACAAGGGUUUCUCUGAAGGGUUUAAAGGGCCGCCUUAG